AAGCAUUCCGGUAGUGCAGAAAGCAGCAAACAGGAGAUCCAAGAUGUUCAAGAUCGUCGUUCUGGUUGCCUGUUUGGCCGUUGUUGCCUCCGCCCAAGAGUUUGGAGGAGAACACGGCCAUGAAGAUUACCAUUCUUAUCCGAAAUACAAAUUCGAGUACGGCGUCAAGGAUGAGCACACCAAGGAUCACAAGAGCCAGUGGGAACAUCGCGAUGGAGAUCUAGUGAAGGGACAGUACACUUUGGAUGAAGCCGAUGGAACUCACCGUGUCGUUGACUAUACUUCGGAUCAUAAGACUGGUUUCCAACCGCAUGUUCAACGGAAGGGACACGCCCACCACCCACAUGGAGAGAGCUGGGUGAAAAUUGAUCAGCACUAUUGAGCGACCGAAUUUGGAGAGAAUGUUUUCCGAUAAACCGUUUCAUUUUCAUUAUUGUUUUGUUUCAUUUUCUUUGAAUUUAAAUAUCUCGUAUAACUUUGAGUUCUAAAUGGCAUGAAAAAAAUAUAAAAAGCAAUCCGUUCUAAUGCAGAAAUACAAUACGA